UGCAGGCGGCGGCGUCGGAGGAAGCGUCUCGGUCCAUUGGCUCGAGGCAGGGAACGGGGUCUAUUGUCUGUGUUUGACUCGGUCGUUUGGUCCGAGGCCUUCGGAGCUCUCCCGGGGCAGUCGGCAGAGGCUGCCGCCACCGCCCCCGCCCCUCCCCGCCGUCCCCCGGGUCCGGGAGGGACCGAGCCCGCGUCACGCCCCUCAGCGCUCGCCGAUCGCUUUUCUGUCGUUGCGGCCGCAUCGCGCCCCUGGAAUCAGACGGUGCCCCAUAGAUGGCCAGCUUUCCCCCGAGGGUCAACGAGAAAGAGAUCGUGAGAUCACGUACUAUAGGUGAACUUUUAGCUCCAGCAGCUCCUUUUGACAAGAAAUGUGGUCGUGAAAAUUGGACUGUCGCUUUUGCUCCAGAUGGUUCGUACUUUGCUUGGUCACAAGGACGUCGUACAGUAAAGCUUGUUCCGUGGUCCCAGUGCCUUAAGAACUUUCUCUUGCACGGCACCAAGAAUAUCACCAAUUCAAGCAGUUUGAGACUGUCCAGACAAAACAGUGAUGGUGGGCAGAAAAAUAAGCCUCGUGAACAUAUUAUAGACUGCGGUGACAUAGUCUGGAGUCUCGCUUUUGGAUCUUCAGUUCCAGAAAAACAAAGUCGCUGUGUCAACAUAGAAUGGCAUCGAUUCAGAUUUGGACAAGAUCAGCUACUCCUGGCCACAGGGUUGAACAAUGGGCGCAUCAAAAUAUGGGAUGUAUAUACAGGAAAGCUCCUCCUUAACCUGGUAGAUCAUACUGAGGUGGUCAGAGAUUUAACUUUUGCUCCAGAUGGGAGCCUGAUCCUAGUAUCAGCCUCAAGAGACAAAACUCUGAGAGUGUGGGACCUGAAAGAUGAUGGAAACAUGAUGAAAGUAUUGAGGGGCCAUCAGAACUGGGUGUAUAGCUGUGCAUUCUCUCCUGACUCAUCCAUGCUGUGUUCAGUGGGAGCCAGUAAAGCAGUUUUCCUUUGGAACAUGGAUAAAUACACCAUGAUACGGAAGCUAGAAGGACAUCACCAUGAUGUCGUAGCUUGUGACUUUUCUCCUGAUGGAGCAUUACUGGCUACUGCAUCUUAUGACACCCGAGUGUAUAUCUGGGAUCCACAUACUGGAGACAUUCUGAUGGAAUUUGGGCACCUGUUUCCCCCGCCUACCCCGAUAUUUGCUGGUGGAGCAAAUGACCGGUGGGUACGAUCUGUGUCCUUUAGUCACGACGGACUGCACGUUGCAAGCCUUGCCGAUGAUAAAAUGGUGAGAUUCUGGAGAAUCGAUGAGGAUUAUCCAGUUCAAGCUGCACCUUUGAGCAAUGGUCUUUGCUGUGCCUUUUCUACUGAUGGCAGUGUUUUAGCUGCUGGGACGCAGGAUGGAAGUGUGUAUUUUUGGGCCACUCCAAGGCAAGUCCCUAGCCUUCAACACUUAUGUCGGAUGUCGAUCAGGAGAGUGAUGCCCACCCGCGAAGUCCAGGAGCUGCCGAUUCCUUCCAAAGUGCUGGAGUUUCUCUCCUACCGUGUUUAGAGGGCUCUGUCUUCCUGGCGCUGGGGACUGAGCGAGCACACGCGACACAGACCUCAAGCUUGACCGACUUCAAGUGUCUGUUUUUCAAGGUUUAGAAGAACUUAUUUAAUUUGAUACAUUCUUGUAGUGCAUUUUGGUCAUUAGAGCAUAUUAAAAUAUUAUUUAUAGACUAUAGGAGAAGUAUUUCCAAACAUAUCAAAUGUAAAUUUUUUUUUCUAAAAUUUAACUGUGAAAACAUAUACAUACGUGUAUAUACUUAGAUAUAAGCUGCUAUGUGUUGAACGGACCCUUUGCUUUUUUAACGUUUAGUUCCAACAUGUAUAUAUUGCUUUGGUAGAUCCACAGUAUAUAUCUUUGCUGUAAAGUGGAAGAGAUUUUUUUUUUUUUAUUCUGGGCCACUGAGUUAGAUGGUAAAUAUUGGCCGAAGAAAGCUGAAUUUCCUCAUAAAAAAAUGCAGAUUUGCUUGGGGGUGGGGGUCAGACCUCUGACCUACAAGUAAAACCCCUAGGGAAAGCAUUUUGUUUCCCUGUGUGGUAUUAUUAAAUAGAAGACAGAGCCGGGGUCUAACCAGAGGGCCAUGUGUGCCCUGUCGUGCCCCCGUCCCCGUCACUGUCACUGCAGCCUUAACUUGGCAAGGCAGCUUGCCACUUCAGCCCGUGCUGUAAAGUAGUACAGAUGUUAGUCCAUCGGAAAAAUCCAUCUACUGUAGUAGUGCUAAAUAUUUUGUCGUUUGUGCUAAGGGACAGUUCUAAGACCAUGGUAAUGUUUUGUUCUGGUUUUUUUUUUUAAUUUGUUUUUUUACACGUAUCGUAUAUUUCUGCAGGGGGUGAUAUUAUUGGUCAUUUGCCAAAGAGAAGCAAUACAGUCUAUCUGCUUUUGCCUUCUGUUAGUUAUCGUACCUGCAGAUAUAAGAAUGUAUACAUUAUGUAAAAUGCUCGAUGAUAUAUUUUUGAGUUUUUUUUUAAUUAAAGACUUGUACAAAACUG